AUGGACCCUUCGAAGCGCACAAGAGAGGCGCUACUCGCGCGCGCAGAAGCACUCUGCGAUGCCAUCACGCCGCGGAGUGACAACGUCGAUCCUGCCGCCGGCGACGGCUACCUGAGCACGAUCCUCAAAGCAGUCAAGAUGGACGGCGCGCCGCCGAGCACCAUGGCAGCUGCGAACGACUACGCGACGAGCGCGGCGAAGGAGUUGACGAUCCGCGAACAGACUGCCGGGCUGAUCAAGACGACGCAGGACAUCGCGACGCUGAUACGCGAUCUGCAGGAGUUGUGGCUGUUUGGCGGGCUUGAUACGCUGCAGAACCCGGCGGAUCAGGAGACGCAGAAGAGGAAGGCUGAGGAUGUUGCGGGCAUGAUUGAGGUGCUUGCGCAGCAGACGCCUGGCGUGAAAGUGGAGGCACGAGAGGAUACGAACGGGGGGGUGUGA